AUGGCGCUCGCAUCCGGGUUCUUCCCGCCGCCGUCGUACACCCCGGGUGCGUCCCGGUGCGCCCCCUUCUUCCCGGGCUUCGGCUUCGGCGGCGAGUGCUGCAACCCGUCGUUUGCCGGCUACUACGGCCACGAGGAGUACGCCCCAUCGGGCCCUUCGCCGCUCGCGAGCUCCAAGGACUACACUCCGUCGAGCCCCCUGCAGUCGCCGGAGCCGGACUACACUCCCUCGAGCCCGGACUACACUCCGGCGAGCUCCGAAUACACACCGUCGAGCCCGGACUACACUCCGGCGAGCCCCGACUACACUCCGGCGAGCCCGGACUACACUCCCGCGAGCCCCGACUACACGCCGGCGAGCCCCGACUACACUCCUGCGAGCCCCGACUACACUCCGACGAGCCCCGACUACACUCCGGCGAGCCCUUCGCGGUCGCUGGAGUACACUUCGUCGAGCCCUGUUCAGCUCGCUUUCAUGAUGCCGUCUCCUCCGCGCGGCGCAUCACCAGACUACACGCCCCUGACGCCGUCAGAGCACGCUGCCUCAUUGAGUCCUCCCGGUCCCGGGCGCGCUUCUUCGCCGGAUUACACGCCCAGCACGCCGCCUCCGUUCCCCCUGGUGGUGUCCGACGCCGAGUCGUGCGCGUCGCCGUAUUACACACCGUCAACUCCUUCCAGGAGCGCCGCGUCGCCGGACUACACGCCCAGCACGCCGCCUCCAUCGCCCCUGGCGUCAGAAGCAGACUCGACCACGUCUACAGCGCGCUGCCGCCACCAUCCGUACCAGAGGAGCAGCGGCAGCUGGAUCAACCGCGGCGGACGGAAGCAUAUGGUUGCUCUGAAAAACUGA